GGGGUUCGCCGGGUCUCUCCCCUGUGCCGGGAUAGGAUACAUACCCGGUUGCCCCGCUCCACUCCAGCUCCUCUACUCCGUAUUUCCCUCCCAGUGCUCCCAUUCACCUUCCCUUUUCCCGUUUCCCCAAUUCCCUCCCAAAUUUUCGCCAGCUCCUUUCCCCUAGUUCCCACCAGUCUAUCUCCAGUCAUCCUUUAACUCCCGACUUUUCUCCAGUUCAGCCAACUUCUCCCCGGACUCCCAGUUCGGUUUCCAAUUCUUUUCUGGUAUUCCUAGACCCCCACCCCACCUCCAAGUCUCUCCCCUCUUCGUCACAGAGAUGCCGUCGGGGUUUCAGCAGAUCUGGUCCGAGGAAGGGGAACCUCCACGACAGCGGGUGACAGGAACCCUGAUCCUUGCAGUAUUUUCAGCUGUGCUUGGUUCCCUCCAGUUUGGCUACAACAUUGGGGUUAUCAAUGCCCCACAGAAGGUGAUUGAACAGAGUUACAAUGAAACAUGGCUGGCACGGCAAGGCCCUGAGGCCCCCAGAUCCAUCCCCCCAGGCACCCUCACUACUCUCUGGGCUCUUUCUGUUGCCAUCUUCUCUGUUGGUGGCAUGAUCUCCUCCUUCCUCAUUGGCAUCAUCUCCCAGUGGUUGGGCAGGAAGCGGGCCAUGAUGGUCAAUAACGGUGUGGCUCUUCUGGGAGGAGCACUCAUGGGCUUGGCCAAAGCAGCUGCCUCUUAUGAGAUGCUCAUUCUUGGACGAUUUCUCAUUGGCGCCUAUUCAGGGCUGACAUCAGGACUGGUCCCCAUGUAUGUGGGGGAGAUUGCUCCCACUCACCUUCGGGGAGCUCUAGGAACCCUCAAUCAGCUGGCCAUAGUUAUUGGCAUCCUGGGUGCCCAGGUCCUGGGCUUGGAUUCCAUGCUGGGAACAGAGACGUUGUGGCCGCUGCUGCUGAGCUUGACUGUGCUUCCUACCCUCCUUCAACUUGUAUUAUUACCCUUCUGCCCAGAGAGCCCCAGAUACCUUUAUAUCAUUCGUAACCUCGAAGGGCCUGCCAGAAAAAGCCUGAAGCAACUGACUGGAUGGGCAGAUGUAUCUGGAGCACUAGCAGAGCUGAAGGAGGAGAAACGCCAGCUAGAACGGGAGCAGCCCCUUUCCUUGCUCCAGCUUCUCCACAGCCGAACCCACCGGCAGCCCUUGGUCAUUGCCAUUGUGCUACAGCUCAGCCAGCAGCUGUCAGGGAUCAAUGCUGUUUUCUACUAUUCAACUAGUAUCUUCGAGUCAGCAGGAGUAGGACAGCCAGCAUAUGCUACCAUUGGAGCGGGUGUGGUCAACACAGCUUUCACUUUGGUCUCGGUAUUUCUAGUGGAACGGGCUGGGCGCCGGACACUACAUCUCUUGGGCCUGGCUGGCAUGUGUGGAUGUGCUAUCUUGAUGACUGUGGCUCUUCUCCUGCUGGAAAGGUUUCCUGCCAUGAGCUAUGCCAGUAUGGUAGCCAUCUUUGGCUUUGUAGCUUUCUUUGAGAUUGGUCCGGGUCCUAUCCCAUGGUUCAUUGUGGCUGAACUCUUUAGUCAGGGACCCCGACCAGCUGCCAUGGCUCUGGCUGGCUUCUCCAAUUGGACAUGCAAUUUCAUCGUGGGUAUGAGCUUCCAGUACAUUGCGGAUGCCUGUGGCCCUUAUGUCUUCCUCCUCUUUGCUGUCCUCCUGCUUGGCUUCUUUCUCUUCACCUAUUUGAAGGUGCCAGAAACACGGGGCCGAACAUUUGACCAGAUAUCUGCAGCCUUCCGCCGGACCCCAUCAUUGCUGGAACAGGAGGUGAAGCCUAGCACAGAACUUGACUACCUGGGACCAGAUGAGAAUGACUGAGAGGCAAGGUGGAAGGUGACAAGUACACCUUUCCCCUUUCUUCUCCCUUAAUUGAACUCUCCUCCUCUCUGCAGCACUUUAAGUUUCCCUUUCCAACCCCCUCAAGGGUAGGAAGGAAUAUCUUAGGUCUGGUGGUAUUGGGGGCUAAAAUUCAUGACUUGAACCCCACCCCCAAACCCAUUCCCUUUAGUGUGAAUCUCUUGGAUUAUUUAUCUAUAGUGGUUGGGUUUUGGAUGUAAAUAUAGUAGGGGCUCUGUCCCCAACCUCCUCACCCCCCAAGGGUUCCCUACUCCCUUCUCCCACUUGUUCCUAGUCUCAGAUUUCUAUUCCCUCUUGCUACCAAAGAAAGAAAGAAAGGGAAUAACAGAGAUCCCUUAGAAUUAACUUUUCCAGAUGGAAAAGAAUAAUAUAGGUGUUCUGCCUUCCUACAGAGGAAAAAGCCUAGGGUGUAGCUCCCUAAGUUUUGACUUCAUACAAGCAGGUUACCCCUCAUGCCCAACCUGACAAGGUCAAAUAAUGGGUUGUAGGCAGUGGGGAGAAUUCUUAUGCUGAGAAAGCUUUAGGGAAGGCAUUUACUUUCACUCUUUCAUUCUGUCCGUUGGAGAGACUGUGCACCUGGUAGGGGGAGCUCUAGGGAAGACACCUUCCUACACUCCAUUUUGUCCUUUGGGAAGACUGUGUACAUGAUGGGGAGGGACUCUAGGAAAGAUACUUCCCUUCACUUCCCCCUCCUGGCCUUUGGGGACACUGUGCACAUAGUUGGGGAGAGCUCUAGAAGAAAUAGAUACCUCCUUUCAUUUUCUUUUGGGGAGACUGCACAUGGUGGGGAACACUCUAGGGAAGGUACCUCCCUUCAUUCUGUCCUUUGGGGAAUAUUAGCACAACAGUAGGUCUUUCUCCUUUGUGGAUUCCCACUUAAGAGCCUUAAGUUGGGGCAUUGUCUCCCACCAAACUCACUCUCACCCUGAAGUGAUUUUGUACUGGCAGCCCUUGGAGUACCUGACACACAAAAAAGUGGAAGCUUCUGUUGGGUAUAAUAAAAAGGCUGACUGGAGCCUUAAAACAUUUUUAUAUGUUUGUGUAGAAAGAAAAAACCAAAACAGAUUAUACUUUAUGUAUAUAUAAAGGUCACUGUAUAAAAGGCAAGUGUGCUCCUUCUUUAAAGGGAUACAGAAUUAGAACUGGCUCUUUCUCAACCCUGAGACAAAUGUCAGGCUUCUGUUAGUAAUUGCCCCAUCCUCUCUCCUGUCUGCCCCUUUAAUAUAGUAGCCCAGCCUACUUCCUCUUCUCCCAAUUCUUCCUUUCAUCCUGGGGCAUGCCCUAGCCCCAUAAGCAAUAGCUUGUAGACCCCACCAAGCAGACCAAUAUUCUAACACACCCUUUGGUCGCUCAGAUACUAACUCAUCACCCGAGCUUCUUAUCCUGAGAACAGAGUAGAGGCAGAAACAGGGACAGCUGUGCAAAUUGUUUUUUUUUUUUACU